CAUUACUGGUGCUUGUUAAUGUCUUGUAAAUAGUUUAUUAAGGACUCUUAACAACCACAUUAUGCAUGCACAUUAACCAACGUCUCUUAGUAAAUGAAUGCAGCGAGGUGGUGGGGGGGACCCUGACUGGGCUUUGGGGUCCAACUUGUGAAGGAGGCCUCAAAAAAGGAGAGAACUGUGGGAAUUUCAGCCAGCUAACUGGAGCAGAGAUAAUCCUCACAAUGGCUGAAUGAGAGUGUACUUUGCAGUUGGAACAGGGUGCAAAGAAACAUCUUUAAACCUCCAGAACAAACUAAUCAGGAAGUAUUGUGGUGUACUUGGUCUUUCAAGAGAAAGUUUAAAAUCCUACAUUUUACUAGCAAUUGCCAAAAAGAAUUACUUACUUCUUUAAAAAACUGACAGUGGCUGCCAGGUUCAACAUUUUUAUUUUUUAGAAGUUUUUUGGCUCUUUGGCAAAAGAAGGCUCAUGAAAUGAAGACGCUUCAGUAAACGCUCCUCUCGCUAAUAGCACAUCUUUGUGGCAAACCAAAUAAGCAAGAUCGACCGGGACUACAACAAAAACAGCUUACCUGACUGUCAACAGCCUGGACCUGUGAGAUGAAGAGGUUCGUAACAAAAAGUGACCAGAAUGAAGAUGCUAAAAAAGGUCUCAACUCUCAUCCUGAGGAGAGGAAUUAAAACUUCUCACAGCACAUGGUCCAACAAGGACCUAUUUUUCAAAGUUCACCCAUCUGUAUCCCAGGCGUUAGCUGAAAACAAGCCAGUGGUUGCACUUGAAAGCACCAUCAUCACACAUGGAAUGCCUUAUCCACACAAUCUGAGCACUGCAAAUGAAGUGGAGGCCAUUGUGCAAAGUGAAGGAGCCACUCCAGCCACUGUUGGUGUGAUUCAGGGGAAAAUUCACGUUGGACUUUCACCAAGCGAUCUCGAACAUCUCGCCCAAUGCAGGAACGCCCUGAAGGUGUCGCGACGGGAUCUGCCUUAUGUCAUCAGCAAAGGUCUUUCAGGAGGAACAACUGUGUCGGCCACUAUGAUUGCUGCACACAGAGUGGGGAUCCCUGUUUUUGUCACGGGGGGCAUUGGAGGGGUUCACAGAGAUGGACACAACAGUUUGGACAUCAGCGCAGACCUGACAGAGCUUGGAAGAACUCCCAUAGCUGUGGUCUCUGCAGGAAUCAAAUCUAUUCUGGACAUCGGUCGCACCCUGGAGUUCCUUGAGACUCAGGGUGUCUGUGUCGCCACGUAUGGAAUGACAAAGAGUUUUCCAGCGUUCUUCUCUCCACUGAGUGGAUUUUCCUCUGCAUACCAUGUUUGUAACCCGAGUGAGGCUGCAAGUCUCAUUGCAAGUUCUCUUUCACUGGGUCUCCAAAAUGGUGUACUGAUAGCAGUGCCCAUCCCUGAGGAGCAUGCAGCAGCAGGCCAGCACAUAGAGGAAGCCAUCCAGGCUGCAGUAAGAGAGGCGAGUUCCAAAUGUGUCAUAGGUAAAGACGUGACACCAUUUAUCCUUCAAAAGGUCAACGAGCUGACUCAAGGAAAGUCCCUGCAAGCCAACAUGGCUCUCAUUCGCAACAAUGCAAAGGUUGGCAGUCAGAUAGCUUGUGCACUAUCAAAACAGACUGCUAAAACCUCAACAAAAAUUCAAAAUCAGCAUCGUAGAAAUCUCUCUACAAACACCAAAUCAGACAUUGUGGUUAUUGGAGGGAUAAAUGUUGAUUUUAUUGCCAAAGGAAAGACAAAAAAAAUUAACUUUGGACAGACCAACCCAGGAAGUGUGUGUCAGUCAUUUGGAGGCGUAGGACGAAACAUAGCUGACUCUCUGAGCAGACUAGGCCAGGCACCUCUGUUCAUUUCAGCAACUGGAUGUGAUGCAAACAGUGAUGCUGUGUUUAACUACUGCAAACACAUGAACACAAGCGGAGUGGCCAGACUGGAAGGGCACAACACAGCAACCUACUGUGUUGUGAUCUCAGAGAGUGGAGAGCUGAGUUUUGGUUUAGGAGAUAUGGAUAUCCACCAGCACAUCACAGAGAACUAUGUGUCACAGUUUGAGAAGCAGGUUUCCUCAGCUGCUCUAGUGUGUCUUGAUGGAAACAUCCCUGUCUCCACCAUCAACUAUAUUUGUUCUCUUGCCAAGAAGCACAACAUAAAUGUUUGGUAUGAGCCAACAGAUGUGGAAAGGGCUUCUAAGCCUUUCCUGACAGACGCAUGGAAGUCUUUGUCCUAUUCAUCCCCAAACAUGGCAGAGCUGUGCAACAUGAAUAAAACUCUGGGUAUUGCAACGCCUGAUGUGCUGCCAACCUCUCUGAGUGAAAUCCUGCAUGUGGCUGUGUCUCUUUCACGCCCCCUUCUGGAGCAUCUUCACUGUUUGGUGGUGACUCUUGGGUCAAAUGGGGUGCUGCUGUGUGGGGAGCACAGUGCAGACUCAGUCAACCUGCAGCUGAGAAAACAGAAGAAAAAAAGGCAGCUUUGUGCAGUGCACUACCCAGCUCUAAAUGUGUCCCCAGAGGAGACAGUGAAUGUGUCAGGAGCCGGAGAUAGUUUUGCAGGUGCCUUGAUAGCAGGAAUUAUCCAGGGAAAAGACACAGACGACUGUGUGCGAAUGGGUCUUCUGGCUGCAAAGAUGUCCCUGGCAUCGCCGCACCCCAUAUCUCCAAUGCUCAGUGUGGAUUCCGUAGAUCCUACAAAACUAAAACAAAUGAAUUGGCCAGCACCAAGUUUUUUCUGGAUAGACAAGGGUGUACUUCUCUGAUUGUUUAAGCCAUUUAUUUAUUUGUUUUUAAAGUUUUAGCCUUUUAACUUUUAAUAGUUAAAUUUGAUUGUAACUAAGUAAACUAAUGCAUAAAAGUGCUUUGUCCACAAUGGUGUAAUAAAUCAGGAAUCAGGAAUCUUUAUUGUCAUUUUAUCACAUUGAUAAAUAAGGUAAAUAAGGUAAUAAAUCAAAUAUGUUAAAGUUGUGGGUUAUGGGUGUAAAGGACUUUAAGCAGAUAGAUUUCAAGUUCAAAAAUGUACUUUAGCCGACACCUGCUAAUAUAAAACCUAUAUACCGGUACUCUUAAAAAAGUCAGAUGAAAAUGUUGCAGACAUACAGUAAGUGCUAUAAGUGUCUGGAAAUCAUGCAGCCAUUUAAAACAGCACAAAUAAUUAAAACUAAACCUUGAUGUUGAGAUUUUAGAACCAGGGCUUUUGUUUGAUGUUUUGUUUUAUAAUUAUUUGAACAGCUGGGAUUAUGGUAAUUAUUAUCAUAUUGUAAAGCAAUUGGUGACUAUUCUCUGUCUUUUAUAUUUUGGUAUUGUUUUGUUGAUGAAUCAAUUAAAAAAAUCAUCUACAUCUUCCAAAUGUU